AUGGCAAUGAACUGUCUCUCCCUCCUCCUAGACAGGGGCACUGCUGAAGGACAAUUUGGCUAUCACCAACACUGCAGAGACUCCAAGCUAACUCAUCUAUGCUUCGCAGAUGAUCUCCUUAUCUUCUGUGAUGGAUCGCUGCAAUCGGUAACAAAUGUUUUGAGGAUCUUGAAGCAAAUUGCUGAGGUUUCAGGUCUAACGGUUACCAUAUGCCUAACUGAACCUGAAAUCAACAACAUCUCAUCAGCAACGGGGUUGGUUCAUGCCUUGCUACCGAUAAGAUAUCUAGGGGUGCCCCUGCAAGUGAAAAAGAAAAUUAAUAGUUGGAGUGCACGCUCUUUAUCCUUUGCUGGUCGAUUACUUCUCAUCAACACAGUUAUUGCAAGGAUCUCAAAUUUCUGGUGUUCCACCUUCACGAUCCCAAAGAAAUGCAUCAAAAUUACAAACUCGUUAUGUGGAGCAUACCUGUGGAGAGGAACCACUGAGGAGCACCAUUUUGCUCGAGUAUCUUGGGAUACAGUCACUCUAUCGAAAGAGGAAGGAAGACUCGGGAUCAGAGACCUCAACUAUUGGAAUAAGGCAUGCACUCUCAAGCUGUUGUGGCUAUUGUUCUUCAGAUCAGGCUCCAUCUGGGUCGCUUGGUUCACUAAGACGAUCCUAAGCGACUACAAAAGCAAUUUAUGGACUAUAAAGGAGAAGCAGAGCCAUUCCUUUGCAAUUAAGAAACUAUUGAGAGUGAGAGAUCUAGCUUACCCCUGGAUAAAGAUCAAGAUAGGCGACGGGCGUUCGGUAGAAAUUCAUGCCCUCUUAACAACCAUCACUCUCAACACUGAUGAGGACAGGUAUGAAUGGUGUCCCAACGGCUCAACUACCUCAGUCUUCUCCACCGGUGCGAUAUACCGACUCAUAAAGCAACACCAACCUCUGGUCCCUUGGAAUAAAGUGGUCUGGAACCCGAGAAGAAUCCCUAAGCAUAGCUUCCUCACUUGGCUAGUAGUUCUGAACAGAUGCCCCACUAAAGAUAGAAUCCUAUCUUGGGGCCUCCAAACUACCCUUAUAUGCACCCUUUGCAACCUGGCGGAUGAGACAAGAGAUCACUUGUUCUUCGACUGCGUUUUCUCAUCAGUGAUCUGGGAGACACUAGCACGGAAAGCUCGAUGUAGACCAAUCAGCACUUGGCACCAACUCCUUCAGUACUUGCAACAACGAUCAUGCCCAAAACCUGAGCGAAUACUUGGUCUCUUAGCAUGA